AUGGGACCCUACCCAGACGAGAUUAGUUAUGUGGAACGGUGCCAACGUAGAGCCGAAAGGACAAACCACCAUUACACUGAAGAAUCCAAAAAACAGUCUCUUCUGUUCUGUUCACACAAAGUGAACACCAUGCAGCUGAAUGGCACGUUCGAUGUGAAAUUGGGAAAGAGCUUUUUGGAGCCGUCCGCAGCCACUUACAUGACUAUACGAUGUGAUUUCAUGCCAGCUUCAGUAGAUCGAUCCAAACCGGGCUCGAUUAAGGUGGAUGAUGGCCGAGAGGUAGUUGUCAAUUUGCCAAAUGUCGCCUCCGUUGGUGCGGGCUCCACUAUGUUUCGUGGUAGUGCUCGACCGGUUCAGAAAGAAUGCAUUCUGAUCUAUAACAAACGAACCGGCGAACUAACCUUAGAACGAAUCGCACAUGCUGUACAGCUGAAAAAAACUCGAGAGGAACGUAAACCCAGUCCUCCGGUUCAACAGUCUAAUCAUUCCGGUCCAAGUGGCCUAGCGGCCAACCGAAGCCGCCAGAUCCAAUCAACCAGCCAGUCUCGGAGUGGCGUACAAGUGCCGCGCGACAACGCACCUCAAAACCCACCCAAAUCUCGCACGAUCGGUUCACCAAAACGCAAACCUGCUGAACAGUCCACGUCCUUCAGGGCCUCAAAUAGUUUGGCUACCAAGCCCGCAGCUCAAGCAUCCAAAACGCGAACGUUGAGCAGCAGCAGCAGCAGUGGUAGUUGUAGCAGCAGCAUUAGCAGUAGUGACAGUGAUGACGGUGGUCCAAAUCAAGGUGUUGAUGAUCGUUCGUCUACUGUAGCUGCUGUCCAGAACACGACACAGCAGUCCGCUGAUAGUAGUGAUAGCGACGAUUCCUACUCAGAUUUGAACAGUUUAAACAGCCCUUCAGACAAGGAAAUGAUCGAUAACUCUGGAAAAGAAGCUGAGCGGAGGAAUCACUCUUUCCCAUCGGCGCCUUUUUCAGCCAUACAGAACCCUGCACAUCGUAAACUGAUCGAACACGAUUUAAGACUGAGUGAUUCGGACUCAGACAGCUGCUGA